AUGAGAGAUGAGGAGGAGUUCAAGGAAAUGCUCGAUUUUAUCCUGAACCAAUGGAGAAACGUGCACCAACGUAAGGUUGCGCCUACGGCAAUUGAUGACGAGGCAGAUGUGAAAUGA